CGCUAUAGCAACGGUAGCUAGCUGCGGGCAGAGAGUGGCGAUAGGCCAUGUCUGGUCCAACUGAUGAGACAGCAGGAGACCUGCCUGUGAAGGACACGGGCCUAAACCUCUCUGGAAUGGGAGGGAUCCAAGAAACUUCAACAACACGGACAAUGAAGUCUCGCCAGGCAGUGUCACGUGUCAGUCGUGAGGAACUGGAAGACAGAUUUUUGCAUUUGCACGAUGAGAACAUUUUACUUAAACAGCAUGCCCGCAAGCAAGAGGAUAAAAUUAAAAGAAUGGCCACCAAGUUAAUACGGCUAGUUAAUGACAAAAAAAGAUAUGAGCGGGUUGGUGGCGGCCCCAAGCGGCUGGGACGAGAUGUGGAAAUGGAAGAAAUGAUUGAGCAGCUGCAAGAGAAAGUUCAUGAGCUGGAAAGACAGAAUGAAGUCCUCAAAAACAGACUUAUUUCCACCAAACAGCAGCUUCAAAUCCAGGGUCACAGGCAAACACCAUACAAUUACGUGCAGUCUCGUGUUAACACCGGACGUAGAAAAGUGAACGAGAAUGUGGGCUUACAGGAGUGCCCCAGGAAAGGUAUCAGAUUCCAAGAUGUUGAUGUUGCAGAAACGCUACAACCCAUGCUUACAAAACAUGGCAACAGUUUACUUGAAGAAGCCAGAGGAGAAAUAAGAAAUUUAGAAAAUGUUAUUCAGUCACAAAGAGGCCAGAUAGAAGAGUUAGAGCACUUGGCUGAGAUCCUGAAAACUCAGUUGAGAAGAAAAGAGAAUGAAAUUGAGUUAUCUCUUCUUCAGCUUCGAGAACAGCAGGCUACAGAUCAAAGGUCAAACAUUCGGGACAACGUAGAAAUGAUUAAGCUUCAUAAACAACUAGUGGAGAAAAGCAAUGCUCUGUCAGUAUUGGAAGGAAAAUUUAUUCAGCUUCAAGAGAAGCAAAGAACCCUCCGGAUCAGCCACGACGCCUUGAUGGCCAACGGAGAUGAGCUAAAUAUGCAGCUCAAAGAGCAGCGUUUAAAAUGCUGCAGUCUCGAGAAACAGUUACAUUCCGUGACAUUUUCUGAAAGAAGAGUAGAAGAGUUGCAGGAUAGAAUUAAUGACUUAGAAAAGGAACGGGAACUUUUAAAGGAGAACUAUGACAAACUUUAUAACAGUGCCUUCAGUGCUGCCCAGGAGGAGCAAUGGAAGUUAAAGGAGCAGCAGCUGAAAGUGCAGAUCGCUCAACUCGAGACGGCCUUAAAGUCUGACCUCACAGACAAAACCGAAAUCCUUGACAGAGUCAAAGCCGAAAGAGACCAAAAUGAGAAACUCAUUCAAGAAAAUAGAGAACUACAGUUACGGUGUCUGGAACAGAAACAACAACUCGACGAACUUCAAAACCGCAUGAAGUUUUGCAACCAGGAGAGUGAUAUUAAUGCUGAUGAAUUGAGUGAAGCUCUCCUCCUUAUAAAGGCUCAAAAAUCACAAAAAAAUGGAGACCUUUCCUUUUUAGAGAAAGUAGACAAUAAAAUUAACAAAGAUCUAGAACGUUCCAUGAGAGAGCUACAAGCGACUCACGCGGAAACCGUGCAAGAGCUCGAAAAGACACGAAACAUGCUAAUUAUGCAACAUAAAAUUAAUAAAGAUUAUCAGACAGAAGUUGAAGCAGUGACCCAGAAGAUGGAAAAUUGGCAGCACGAUUAUGAACUCAAAGUGGAACAAUAUGUUCAUCUUCUUGAUUCCAGAGCUGCGCGCAUUCAGAAACUAGAAGCCCAAUUAAAGGAUAUUGCCUAUGGCACCAAGCAGUAUAAAUUUAAACCAGAAAUCAUGCCGGAUGACUCUGUUGAUGAAUUUGAUGAAACCAUUCACUUAGAACGAGGCGAAAACCUAUUUGAAAUCCAUAUCAACAAAGUAACCUUUUCUUCUGAAGUUUUACAGGCAUCUGGAGAUAAAGAGCCUGUUACUUUCUGUACCUAUGCUUUUUAUGAUUUUGAGCUACAGACCUCUCCCCUGGUGCAAGGCCUCCACCCAGAAUAUAACUUCACCACUCAGUAUCUUGUUCAUGUCGAUGACUUAUUCUUACAAUAUGUUCAGAAGAAUGCGGUCACUCUCGAGGUCCACCAGGCUUACAGCACUGAUUACGAAACAAUUGCAGCCUGUCAACUGCGAUUCCAUGAAAUCCUAGAAAAGAGUGGUCGAAUAUUUUGCACAGCAGGUUUGGUUGGAACUAAAGGAGACAUCCCAAAUUUUGGCACAGUGGAAUACUGGUUCAGAUUACGAAUUCCCAUGGAUCAAGCAAUUCGACUUUAUCGAGAACGAGCAAAGGCUUUGGGAUAUAUAACAUCAAAUUAUAAGGGGCCAGAGCAAAUGCAAUGGUCAAGUCAGCAGGCACCCAAAACUGCUCAGCUUAGUUCUGGUGAUUCCACGGAUGGCAACGUAAAUGAACUUCAUAUUACAAUAAGAUGUUGCAACCGUCUGCAGUCCCGAGCAAACCUCCAGCCACACCCAUAUGUUGUGUACAAGUUUUUUGAUUUUGCAGACCACGAUACAGCCAUCAUUCCCAGUAGCAAUGACCCACAGUUUGAUGAUCAUAUGUGUUUCCCAGUACCAAUGAAUAUGGAUUUGGACCGAUACCUUAAGUCAGAGUCUCUGAGUUUUUAUGUGUUUGAUGAUAGUGACACUCAAGAAAAUAUUUACAUAGGAAAAGCCAGUGUGCCUCUGAUUUCACUGGCACAUGACAGGUGUAUCUCAGGAAUAUUUGAGUUGACAGAUCAUAAAAAGCAUCCUGCAGGCACCAUCCAUGUCAUAUUGAAAUGGAAGUUUACUUACCUUCCCCCAAGUGGAUCUAUAACUGAAGACUUGGGAAAUUUUAUGCACAAACAAGAGUCAGAAGUUGUUCAAAGACUACCUCCAGCACCCUCUGUUCACACAAUCAUUGCACCAACACCUAAACCAAGAAAGCGUUUCACACCUGUAGAUAAGAAAGUAUCUUUUGUGGAUAUCACACCCCAUCAGAGUUCUGAGAUAGCUACUUCCGCUGAAGAUGUGAAGGAAAUUUCAUCCGAAGUGGAGCACACACCAGAAAUAGAAACUAAUAUUCCAACUCUUUCACAUAUUCCUCAGGUUUCUCCAGGCACCAGGGUAACUGAGGUAAACGGGACUACUGAGAAAAUAGGACAAGGAAGAGAGGAGGAUGUGUCUUUCCUAUCUGAGGGUCAGCUGGCAGAUCGAAGUUUGUCUUCAGAAGAUGAAACAGAAAUAACUGAGGAACUAGAACCAGAAGAUGACGAAGAGAGAUCAGCAUCUGACAGUGAUGAAUGUAUUAUUCCUGGUCCUAUCGCCAAGAAUAUCAAACAGCCAUCAGAAGAAAUUCAGAUUGAGAUCAUAGCUCUAAGCCUUAAUGAUUCUCGAGUAACUGCAGAUAACACUAUCCAACGGCUGUUCAUUGAAUGCAGAUUCUACAGUCUUCCGGCCGAAGAGACACCUGUGUCACUUCCAAAACCCAAGAGUGGGCAGUGGGUCUACUAUAACUAUAGCAAUGUGAUCUACGUGGAUAAAGAAAACAACCAAGCAAAGAGAGACAUCUUAAAAGCUAUCCUACUGAGACAAGAGAUGCCUAAUAGAAGCAUUCACUUCACUGUGGUCAGCGACCCUCCAGAGGAUGAGCAGGACCUGGAGUGCGAGGACAUUGGCAUCGCUGACAUUGACCUCGCCGACAUGUUUCAGGAAGGGAGAGACCUCAUUGAGCAAAAUAUCGAUGUUUUGGAUGCCCGGGCAGACGGUGGAGGUAUCGGCAAACUCAGGGUAACAGUCAAAGCACUCCAUGCCCUACGGUCUGUCUACGAGCAAUACAGAGAGGACUUGGAGGCUGAAAGAAGCCAUUCCAGAGGAAAGGCUCCUCCUGAGGAAACGCUCACAUGAAAGCCCUGACAUGAGAUGUUUGUAAUUACCCGGCUGUAUAUAAUCUAUAAUUCAUGGGACGCAGGGAGGGGGAGGCGUGGGCUGGCAGUGUUGAAGUUUUGUAUACUUUUUCAUUUGUUUAUUUAGCUAUUCCCUCCUUCCCAUGCCUGCCACCCCUCAGGACUUGAGCUCCCCUCCAUGGGCAGCGCCUUCUCAAUAAUUUAUACCUACACGCUAGCUUGAGAAAGUCUAUUUGCAUUUUCAACACUUUCUUAUGAAGAACCAACAUGCAAUUCCCCUUUUUAUUUGUAAUAAGCAAAAAGGAUCAAUCUUAGAAAACCUAGGAAAAAGAAAUACUUUUAUGUUAUCCCUAAUCGUCCCACUAAAUGGAAUGCCUAUGAUUAGCCUCAUUAAGAGUUUUAUACUGUGAAGAUUUUAUUAGAAGCAAUAUAUGAAAAUUACUUGGAUUAAUGUGUUAAUCUUCCUCUUUAAAAUGCUAAUAUCCAUUUUAUGCACAUUAAAGCUCAGUAUGCAUUUUCUUUGAUGCAUGCAGUUUCUAUCAAUUAAAUACAAAGAAUGAGACUUGGCACCAAUUUAUUAAGUUAUUUCAAGUUUUUGGUUUUCUUUCUCAAAAACCACAGUUUUGCCCAUUUGUCUGGUUUUUAUGUAUUUGCUGUGGUGACACAGGCCCCAGGGAUGUGUGUACAUAAAGAGGAAACAGGUACAUAUAUGUAUGUACCUGAAAUUUACACCUUGAAAACUUUGUGUAUGACAUAGAAAGAAAUUAUUAAAAGUGUGGCUCAAAUUCUGAUAUGCUUAGUUAGACUUGAAAGGAAUAUCUUUUUUAUCAUUUUUUCAAAAUUUACAUCAAGCUUGUACAAUGGUGGGGUGGCUCUGGAUAACCAGAUCCUCGAAAAGCCGCUCAGAAAGUUAAUUUUCUAGCUUUUACCCAAUCUCACUGAAGGAUUUAAUUGAUAUUUUUAAUGGAGCCGUGAAUCAAUGCUGCAAAGGAAUUGUCUCUAGAGGUCUAGGAUAUAAUGCAUUUCAUUUUUUAAUUUACUUUUUUAUUUGUCAUUUUCUUCAAAGGAUUUUUAUAGGCUGUGGGUUUUCACUGUUUGCAAACAGGCUAUGUUCCUUCUUAAGCAUAUGUAAAGUAUUCAGGGAGAUAAGUAAUUUAUUAAAAUCUACCUAAUUUGCCGUGAUA